AUGCCUCCUACCGCAAAUCCAUCCAACUCCAAUGCGACUAGCGCAGCCACCGAUCUGCCUCCAGUUCUCAUCGUUCCCAAAUGGCAACCCUUUGCAGCUCACCUCACAGUCGCCGACCCCGCCACAGGUGAGAAUGCUCCAGCUGUACCCAAACUCGCGUUCUCCGAACUCCCGCCCUGCGUGAUUCAGCGAAUCGAUUAUGCUGGCAGGCUCGAACCUAGUACCGCCCGAUAUGGUAUUUCUCCCACUGUCAAAGAACUCAAGGGUUUGCAGACCGAAGCUAGGGUUGGAUCGCCCAUGCUGGCGACAAAUAUCAACUUAGCUUUGCCGCCCGGUUCAACCAUUGCAUCUUUUGCAGAGAUACGACCUUCGGCAAUGCACAUCUUCACAAAAACUGUGAGGCACGCCAUUGCAGUUACUGCGGUGAUCCUGGCCACCCUCGUCGUAGCUGCCCCCGGGACCGACAGGCAAAGCGGGCCAACGAUCCGGCACGAGAAGCGCAAGCUCUCAAAGGACCGCGGUUCGCGGGAUAGUCAGGAAUACUUCAUCCAGUCACGAGUCUUGUUUACGGAGCGUAGAAGCAGAAAGUGUAUGUGA